UACUAACUCUUGUGUGCCAUCCCAUACCUUCCCAUGGGUUCAAUAGUCAUUGAGGGGUGGACGGCAUCUGAGAUAGAGGAGGCUAGGUCACUGAUCACUAGCCCCAACAACGGUGGCGAAGGUGGUGAUGGAGAGGGGAACAAGCAGAAGCAUUGCGGACACAUCGUGAUGGAACUCCAUGAAUGGUUCCCUUGGAAGACCAUAGGCCAGGUAAUAGGUUUGUAUAUGAAGCUCAAUGCGGGGAAACCCAUGGUUAUGCAUAGCUUGAAUAAGAGUGAUGCCAACAAUAGCAUCGGUGAGGUUGAUCAUGUGAGUGCCCUCGCAAACGGUAACCCUGUGAGGCUAGAGGAACAUCGACCCAUGUUGAACAAUGUGGGCUUAGUGUUUGAUUAUCCAUUGGAAGAGAUGGAGAUGGAAAAUCAAACAGAUCAAGAGCCGAAGAUGGUUGUAGAGGAGGAGGUGCAGCCUAAGGAGGGAUUAGUGAUCAAGGAGAAAGAGGCGGGGGUGUCAAAGAUUCACACUAAUAGUCAACAUGUGACGCCAUCAAUAAAAAGAAGGGUGAUUUGGACAGAGGAAGAACACAGGCUGUUCAUGGUGGGGCUGCGCGUGUUCGGGCGCGGCGACUGGAAGAACAUCUCCAAGCACCUUGUCACCACCAGGACGGCGGCGCAGGUCUCCAGCCACGCGCAGAAGUUCUUCCUCAAGAUGGAGGCCCGCGGCGAGGCCGUCCCCCCGCCGGCCAAGAGGCGCCGCCGCCGCAUCACCGGCGACCAGCAGGCGGCGGCCGCCGAGCACGCUGCCGCCCUCAGGCGCCGCAUGCCAGUGCCACCGCCUCCGUUCAACCCCUUCCUCCUGCCCAGCCUCGUCGCGCCGGUGAUGCACCGCCUCCUCCCACCUGGGAGCCAGGCUGCCGGCGCCGCCGCCUCCGGCAGCGGCGGCCAGGGAGCUUCUCUUCCUCAGAUGCCAUGGAUCAACGGCGCCAAUGGCAUGGGGCGCUAGAUUUGGUGGUGCUCGAGACUCGAGAGUCGAGAGUGGUGGUGGUAUCAUGGCGUCGAUUUGAUCUGCAGCUUCGCUUCGCUUCGUUUCGUAUCAGCAAUUUCAGUUUUCAAUAAUGAACAUAUUCAUAUGUUCUGGAUCGUUUAAAGUUUGGAUUUCGUUUCAGUUGUUUAAUUAUCUGGUACCUUAAUAAAUUUCUAAUGUUGGUUUGUAAUUCCAGUUCGAAAAUAAAGUUCGGUUGUAUGAACAUUUAAAGUUGGUUUGGAUUCCAGUUCGAAAAUAGAGUUCGUUUGCAGUUA